GGUGGAAAAACUAGGUUAGUGGUCCGACAGGCAUGACGGUGAAGAGAAACUGGGUCACCGACAGAAAAUCGUUUAUGUCACAGUUCUAUGGGCUGCUAUUACACGUUAUCCAUUGACUUUAAAUGGAUCCUGACUUCUACUGGAUGUACUAGUUGAACCAGUUGUGCCUAUAGCUCAAACAUCAAAUCAUAUUGAGAAGGACUAAACCCCACCAAACCGAAUGAAACUAGGUCAGUCUGAAUCCCACCAGACCCAGACCAGUUCAACACGGAGCAGACCAGACUGAUCCACCCAAAUUUGGGGCCGUCCAGGAGCACUGUUCCAGUCUCCAGUCCAGUUGAGGGCUCCAGAGUGGAUGGAAGGAGAUGAUUUUAACACAGAAGCUGUGAUGAAUAUCUGUGAUGACCUGAUGGCAGAUCAAAGGAUGGACAUCUCGUCUACCAUGUCAGACUUCAUGUCCCCGGGCUCCACUGAUCUCAUCUCCAGCUCCAUCAGCACGCCCGGCAUGGACUACACCCGGAAGAGGAAGGGCAGUACCACGGACUACCAAAUUGAUGGCUUCUCAUUUGAUGACAUGGACCCAGACAAGGAUAAACUGGGGAGUGACCAACAGGGACGGAUAAAAAAUGCCAGGGAAGCUCACAGUCAGAUCGAGAAGAGGCGUCGGGAUAAAAUGAACAGCUUCAUCGAUGAGCUGGCUUCACUGGUGCCCACCUGCAACGCUAUGUCCCGCAAACUGGACAAGCUCACAGUGCUGCGCAUGGCCGUCCAGCACAUGAAGACACUUAGAGGUGCUGCAAACCCAUACACAGAAGCUAACUACAAACCUUCUUUUCUGUCAGACGAUGAGCUCAAGCACUUAAUAUUACGAGCGGCUGACGGGUUCCUCUUUGUUGUUGGAUGUGAUCGUGGCAAAAUACUCUUUGUUUCUGAAUCUGUUUAUAAGAUUUUAAACUACAGUCAGAAUGACUUGAUUGGGCAGAGUCUAUUUGACUAUCUUCACCCCAAGGACAUUGCAAAGGUCAAAGAACAGCUGUCGUCCUCUGAUACAGCUCCACGAGAAAGGCUCAUCGACGCUAAGACUGGUCUUCCUGUUAAGACAGAUAUUACCCCCGGUCCCUCUCGACUGUGCUCGGGGGCGAGGCGGUCAUUUUUCUGCAGAAUGAAGUGCAACAGGCCAUCUGUCAAAGUGGAGGACAAAGACUUCCCUUCAACCUGCUCCAAGAAAAAAGCUGAUCGUAAAAGCUUCUGCACCAUCCACAGCACGGGUUACCUGAAGAGUUGGCCUCCCACAAAAAUGGGCCUUGAUGAAGACAAUGAGCCAGACAAUGAAGGGUGUAACCUGAGCUGCCUGGUGGCUAUCGGACGGUUGCACCCUCAUAUUGUCCCACAGCCCAGCCUCGCAGACAUCAGGGUCAAGCCCACAGAGUAUGUGUCCAGACACGCCAUUGACGGCAAGUUUGUGUUUGUCGACCAGAGAGCAACAGCAAUCCUAGCCUACCUGCCUCAAGAGCUGCUCGGGACCUCCUUUUAUGAGUAUUUCCACCAGGACGACAUUAGUCAUCUGGCAGAGUGUCACAGACAAGUGCUGCAGAUGAGAGAGAAAAUCAACACCAACUGUUACAAGUUUAAAAUAAAAGAUGGCUCCUUCAUCACGCUCCGCAGCCGCUGGUUCAGCUUCAUGAACCCCUGGACGAAGGAGGUGGAGUACAUCGUGUCCACAAACACAGUUGUGUCGUGUCCCAUGAUGGAAGGGUCAGACUACCCCCAAUCUGCAGCUUCUCCACAGAGUAUGGACAGUGUUCUCACAUCAGAAGGUGGGGGGCGGCGAGCCUUGCAAACAGUACCUGGAAUUCCAGGUGGGACAAGAGCAGGGGCUGGCAAGAUUGGCCGCAUGAUUGCUGAAGAAGUGAUGGAGAUUCAGAGGAUUCGGGGUUCCUCUCCUUCCAGUUGUGGCUCUAGUCCUCUGAACAUCACCAGCACGCCUCCUCCAGACACCUGCUCACCGGGAGGGAAAAAGAUUCAAAAUGGAGGAACGCCUGAGCUGCCAAUCAUUCCUGGACCUGACUCUGUGGGCUACCCUUACUCGAACCAGUCCAUUAUGAGUGACAACUCCCACCUCAGUAUAGACAUUAUAGACGAGCCGGGCUCCAGCAGUCCCAGUAAUGACGAGGCGGCCAUGGCGGUCAUCAUGUCCCUUUUGGAGGCGGAUGCUGGGCUGGGAGGUCCCGUGGACUUCAGUGACCUGCCCUGGCCUUUGUAAUGGUCCAAGGACUCCUAUUUGCCCCAGAGCCACUGCUGGAGAGGGUCUGACCAUCCCCAUGACUACACUGUAAAAAACACAAGCCUUCUUAAAAUAUCACUAGGUAUAGACAGGGUGCAGAGCUGCCGCUGUUUGGAUCCACUCCAACUCAUCAUUCCAAGUGGCCCGCAACAGAAGGAUUUGAACAGAUUAUCCCAGCGGUCCAGACUCAACGUUAAACAACAAUUUACUUUCAAUGCUGUGAUGAGACGGACGUUUUGCAGUGUUUAGUAAAAUGUUUUUCAUAACAGGAGUAAUACGUCUGACUGAACUUUGUCUAACAGUGACUCUGCCUCAGCCAACACUGAACUCCUGAUGCCCUGGGAUAGUAGUCUUUACAGUACAGUUACAGCAGGUUUCAUGUGGGACAGAACCAGACACAAAGUGGAAAGCACAGCGCUCCUGUUCUCGAGGUUCACCCGGAAACAGCCCCUCCUUCACACAACCCUAAAAGGUGGACACAUUUAGGCUGCUUUGGUAAAGUGUGCAAUAGAGGUCUUUUCAAGUCUGUUUCUCACCAUAUUGCAGUCAUUAGCCAGUUGGCAACAUUGGCAAAUAGUAAUCAUUCAAGUUGAUGUGGCCCUAAAUGGAUUGAGCAAACCAAGUCUUGUCAAAUACAAUGAGAAACAGGUUUGUAUGAGACUGGGAAGACCUUUACUAUUGAGUUAAAAUCUGAGAUGUAAUAUCUUGUGGCUCUAAGGCUUUGGGUCAAGAAGGAAAAGUAUUGUUCACUGCCAUUAGCUGCACUCUGCUCUUGUACCGCUCCCUGUUCAGCAUCAGCAAAAAGCUUUGACGUCAGGAUCGCACUGCCUCUCCACUACGUCACAUACGGUUCACUGAGCCCAAUGCCCAAAUACUACCACAGGAAAUGUGGUCUAACAAAUGGCUGUUCUGUGGCUUUGUCCGGUUGAACAUGGGAGAUGUUCAAAUACCUCUGAGCUGGUUAUACUCUGUUAGCCAAAUGGUGGCUGUUUAAGAUUCAGUGCAAACUAGCUUUGAGCUGAGAGGGCUAAUUUGUAGAAAGCUACGCAACAGGGUAGGACUGGUAUAGGAAUCAAUGUUCUCUAAUCACUUUCUGUGGUCAGAGGUGGAGGGGGUAAGGGGGUCUCACUGAUUCAUAUUUCCAGCAGAACUCUGCUCUCACAAAGGCUCUGUGUAUGAUUUGAGGAGGACUGAGCCUGGAGGAGGGUCCUGUCAUAGAAGAACUGUAUAACAAAUUGUCUUAUGCCAACCUUUAAAAUGUAAAUAAUUAUUUGUAAUCUGUCACAGAGACAGAAGAACGAUUAUUAUUUUAAAGCAGCCAAACAAGAUAAAAUAAAUUGUUAACCUGUUUAGCCUCGAUAUUUAUACUCUUAAGGAAAAAUUCUGUCAAUGUUCAGUUUAUUAGUAAAAAACAAAACAAAAUAAAACUUAAAAUGGGAUUUAAAUAUCUUGGGACCACAGUAUACCGUAAAUAUAAAUAUUUUGCUCACAAUUAGCUUGAUUCCUUCUACUGGCAAUAAACACAAAUGACAUGUUAACUCUAUUGUUUGUAGUGUGUCUACAUGAAAAAUGCAUAUGGUUAUAACAUAGUAAUACAGCAAGAGCCCCUAUGCUGUAAACACCCUCAUGUAUCCAGUUACUGCCCAGUCCUCCUCCAAUCAGACGACAGUUCUCUUCCCUGUUUCCUCUGGUCCAGUGGUUUUCUGUUCAAUGUUUCUACACUACAACAAGGUGUCCCCAUGUUGCUACCCCUCCCCACUGACAAUAAUGUAUCAGAUCUUUAAAUAUUAUCAUGUAAGAGUAUACUUUAUGCAAAUAUAUAUGAGUAUGAUGAGUGUAUUGUAUGUAUCAGCAGUGAAAUAUUUUUCAAAUAAAAUUAUUUGUUUCUGUCA